AUGGAUCUGACUUCAGCUUCUCAGGAACGGUCCAAUUCCGGCGGCGAGGUAUCUGAGGCCAGGGAGAAAUCUGCUGUCAAAGGAAGGUUCCAGUCCAGGGAUCCUCCGAUGGCUACCAUUGGAGACGAUGAUGAACGCCUUCUCGCCAGAAUUGGUUACAAGCAAGAACUGAGGCGCGAGUUCUCAAAGUGGUCGACAGUUUCCUAUGCCAUCUCCAUUCUCGGGGUGCUGGGAUCAGUGCCAGCCACUUUUGGACCACCCCUGGCUGCGGGCGGACCUGCAACGGCUGUGUGGUGCUGGUUCAUAGGGUCGAUCAUGGCUAUGUGUAUUGCGAGUUCUGUCGCUGAACUCGUAUCAGCGUAUCCAACCGCAGGAGGAAUGUACUUUGUGACAAAACACGUGGUCCCCGAAAAUCAGGUUGCGAUAUUUUCGUGGAUCCAGGGUUGGUGCAACCUAUUAGGACAGACCGCUGGUGUUUCCAGUGUGGCAUACACCGUAAGCCAGAUGCUAUUGGCCUGUGCGAGCAUGAACUCCAACUUCAAGGACGGAAAAUACGCUUAUGCACCAACGGCUCUCCAAACUGUACUUUUGGCUAUCGGUUUGUUGUGCAUUAUGGGAGUUAUUUGCUCCUUGACCACGAAAAGUUUACAUCGGAUCAUUCUGUGGUUUGCUCCUAUCAACAUCCUUGCAUCCAUCGGAAUUUGCGUGGCUCUCUUGAUCCUUACUCCCGAUAAACAAUCAGCAAAAUGGGUGUUCACGCACGUAACGGAUGGGUCUGGGUGGCAGUCCAAGGGGUUCUCUUUUCUCCUGGGAUUCAUAUCUGUAGCUUGGACUAUGACGGACUAUGAUGGGACAACACACAUGUCGGAAGAAACCCACGAUGCCGCUAUACGUGGACCAGUCGCCAUUCAAACGGCAGUUUUGGUUUCUGGCACCUUUGGCUGGAUGCUAACUGUGACAAUGUGUUUUUGCUUAACUGACCUCGAUGCCAUAUUGGCAACUCCGACUGGCCUUCCUGCAGCGCAGAUAUUCCUCAAUGCUGGUGGCCAAACGGGUGGGACUGUAAUGUUUGCAUUUAGCAUCCUUGUGCAAUUCUUCACCGGAUGUUCCGCAAUGCUAGCGGAUACCAGAAUGGCAUACGCUUUUGCUCGUGAUGACGCCCUCCCCUUUUCGAAAUUUUUUGCUAAAGUGAACCAAUAUACCCUGACUCCAGUCAAUGCGGUAUGGUUUGUGGUACUCUUUAGUAUCUGCCUCAACCUGAUUGCCAUUGGAUCUACCGAGACCGCAACAGCAAUUUUCAACAUCACCGCACCAGCUCUCGAUUUAUCAUACAUCGGAGUCAUUUUAGCGCAUCAAAUAUAUAAAAAUCGAGUUCGCUUCAUCGAAGGCCCAUUUACUCUUGGCAGAUGGGGUACUCCUGUUAAUAUCGUUGCCAUUGUCUGGGUGCUAUUCAUUAGUGUGGUGCUGUUCUUCCCGCCACAUAAGCCGGUCACACCAGAAAACAUGAACUAUGCCAUAUGUGUGGCUGCAUUUAUUGCUUUAUUUGCAUUGUCUUGGUGGUGGUUAUCCGCUCGAAGGAAAUACACCGGUCCUCGCACGAAAGAUUUAAUUCAAGAGGUUCCUGAUGAGGAUAUUGACCCAAUAGCCUACCAUGACAACUUCCAGGUUUAAGUUUGUAACCAUCAGGGAUGUGGUUGUGACAUUGACGACCUGCUCCUUAUAAUGGUUAGCCCUCCUUGUGUAUGCAUGGCGAACUUUCGAGGAAACACUUACUUUGGAAUGUGAACUGCAUUACAGGAAUAUAUCUUUUGGCGUCUCGGCGACGGACAUUCCAGAGUGACGAUCGGUUUAUUGGCGAAAUCUGGUGUUGAUUAACUGGCGACCGGUCUAGAUUACAUUCAAGUAUUACCUAGCGGUCUCCAAUUCCAUGGCCUUGUCUCUCGCUAGCUUGCUCAAGAGCUUUUGGCCGUUGGAGUUCUAUCUCCUUUCCCCCAAUUUUGUUUGAUACUCCUCACGACGACUUGUGGCGUGCAAAUCUCCGAGUUGCAAGCUCCGUCCGCUCUAUUAUUCUACUCAUGUUUGCGUUUAGAGCCAGUUUUUUAAG